AUGGAGCCUAUUUCACUGGCAUUUGAGAUUACCGCCCUUUCUAUGCAGCUAGUGGGAAUGGUAAAGACCAUCAAAGGGCUGGUUACCGCCUACAAUUCAGCCGCACAGGAACUAGAGCAACUAUGUCUGAAGCUUGACGACAUUGAGACUACAUGCAACUGCCUGGGCGCGGCUUUAUCACAAGCUAAUGGCUUAACUCGGAUACCCGAACUGCUACCGGUGCUCAACAAGCUGAAGGGCUCCAUUCAAGACUGCUACGACAAAGUAUCAAUGGUCAACCAGGUCAUAGCCAAAGUCUAUGCAAAAGUCCAGUCAAAUCGUAACCCGUUGAGAACCAUGGGCAGCUCUUUCCUACGUUACAGAUCUCAGCUUGCUACUUGUGUCGGUAGUCUGGACGAUUCGCGCUCAACGCUCAAUUCUAAAAUGAAACUAAUUUCACUCGUUUUGAAUAUGAAAAUCGUGCAAGCGUCUAGCGCAUCAAUCCCCGUCAUUCGGUCGUUGCCUCGACCAGCCCAUUUCCCUGGCCUUCCAGAAGUUAGUGCAACGAACCACUCUGUGUCUCCUCAACAUAAAUCCAAAGAUAUUAUCAAGACAUGGAGACAUCAAUGUUCAAGUUUGGCUUUUCUCCAAAAGACGCAAAAAUCGAGAAUCCAGGGCUUCAAUGCUUCAAAUGUCCAGCAUUUAGCCCUUACACAGGAAAGCACGACUUUCACCUUUGGAUCAUCAUUAUUGAACACAUACAUAGAAUUAUCAAUAAUGAGAGGGUCCCUCGCACCCUUCUCUGUUCGGUUGCAGAUCCCACGGGUGCUCCUGAUCUCCGAAGAUGCCACCGGUGUAGGUGAAAGUGUCCGGAAUGCAUUCGAAUCUGAUGAUUUGCAAACGACUCAGGAUCUUCUCAGCCAAGGGCUUCUUACGACCGCCACAAUAGUCACGUAUACCGAAUACGAUCCCGAAAAUGAAGCAUCGUUAUUGGGCCUUGCGAUGUCGCUUCAAUCGCGCAAGAUUCUCAACUUCUUAAAGGAUCAAAUGGAUCUCAGUGAGCCAAGAAACCAUGCAGCUCGUUUCUCCUUUCCAUAUCAACACCCUAGUUCAGAGGAAGACUUUGCCUGUAUUCUCGAAUACAUUCAUAUCCGCAAAGAAUUGAUUACUCCAGCAGAAUUCAGCAUCUUACUCCGGACCCAUGAAGCCCGCCGUAUUACUGCGUAUGUUGAAGCUUGUCGACAUUACUUUCCUUACGACUGGGACCGCUUCGAUGAUGUCAUUCUGAGUGAGUUGAGCUUUGGUUUUAGCCAACUUUCCGCCCGUCAGAUGUCAUAUGCUCAGCUGGAGGACUGGGCACCCUUAUUCACAGACAUCGUGGCACGCAGCCAAGACUUACUCCCCAUCUCCAAGCACCGCCAGUUCACAGCAACCAUAUAUUUUAUUCUAUGGUAUGCCUUUGACCCCGAUGAUGCUUGGUAUCGCGUUUGCCGCUGGGUCGAUAUGCUGGAGCUAGCUGAGGUCGACAUAACUAGAUAUCUGAAGCUUGCCAUCAAAUCUUGCCAUCAUUACUGGGUGGAAACUAAGGCACGGGGCUUCCGCAAAUUUGAGGAUUCGGCUGUGCGCCGCAAACUCUUCUUGGGACAUUACAAGGGACGAGAGAUCCCAUAUUGGAUCGAAUACGCUGAUAACUCGUGCCCGAUACGCGAACUUUUGACAGAAUUCCCCGCACUACGAUAUAUGGACAAGGAAAUCCGAUGGACUUACUGGGAUGAACGCACAGGGGUAUUCAAAGAAUGGAACAGUGGGAAAAAUCUGGAUGCAUCACACGUUUCGAUGAUGUAUUGGCCAGUCAUACCUCCUCUCAAUCGGUACAGCUCCCUGGAUGGUGACAGGAAUAACAGAACAUACCUAGCAGAUUGGGCUGAUCGGGCUUGCGAGUUACAGGAGUGUCGCUUUGAACGACGAGAGCACCGUAGGUUUCAAAAGCUUCACGGUAAACGAAACGGUCGGCAGGGAAUUCCAGGAGCAUGGGUGGAUUAA